GAAUAAAGGCCUUUCGGGAAAUUGCAGUCUUUUUGUGACGGCUUUCGUUUGUGCUUCUUCUGUGUUAAAAGUUCCUGCUGAUUUAUACUUCUUCUAUUAAAAGAUGGAACGAAUAACAGUCUUCUUUAUGUUGUCGAUACUGGCUUUGGGAGCUUCUGCCCAAUCAUCAUCAAAUGCUCCUCUUGUCCAAUCAUCAUCGAAUGCUCCUGCUGUCCAAUCAUCAUCGAAUGCUCCUGCUGUCCAAUCAUCAUCGAAUGCGCCUGCUGUCCCAUCAUCAUCGAAUGCGCCUGCUGUCCAAUCGUCAUCGAAUGUGCCUGCUGUCCAAUCAUCAUCGAAUGUGCCUGCUGUCCAAUCAUCAUCGAAUGUGCCUGCUGUCCAAUCAUCAUCGAAUGUGCCUGCUGUCCAAUCAUCAUCGAAUGCUCCUGCUGUCCAAUCAUCAUCGAAUGCUCCUGCUGUCCAAUCAUCAUCGAAUGCUCCUGCUGUCCAAUCAUCAUCGAAUGAUCCUCUUGUCCAAUCAUCCUCAUCAGUUUUUACUGUCCAAGCAUCCCCAACACAAAUGCCUGGAAAGUCUACACAAACCGCAAGCAUUACAGCUAAACACUCCAACAUUGUUUCAACCACGGCAUCACCAACUCGAUCUCCUACCCCACCUUUACCUUCAGUGAUGUCAUCGCAUUCAAUGGUAGCCAAAUCAUCACCUGUGUCAUCCAUCUCGACGCCCUUUAAACCCUUUAUCACACCUUCACGAACAGCGCAAAUUGCUUCUGAAACAGUUCAUUUAUAUGACAAUGGCAGACCAUGCCUCUUUGCUAGAGUGAAAGCUGAUUUUGUGAUCUCCUAUAAUACAACAAACACCACGCGGGUAAAUGGCACUUCAACGAACACAACUGUAGUAACAAUGACAAAGAUACCAUUGAAUGGUUUAAAUGCAACAAUAAAUAUUACUGGAUCCUGCAGUUUUGAAAGUGGACUUGCUCAUUUUGUAAUGAGAUGGAAUGAACGGGGAAAUACUUUAGGACCACAACAUAAAUUUGCAAUGCAUUUCAAGCGAAAGAUAAAUGAAACAUACGAGUGGACGGUACCAAGUGUUAGUGCUGUGUUUAACACAAGUGAUGCUUAUGCAUUUCCUAAAAAACCUACGCCGUCGGAGAGAGAGGUGAAAGCGAACGCUAGUGGAUUGAAAUUCUUUGGAGUAGGAAAUAAUAAUUCAAACUACUUCUGUAAUGCGGAACGAGAUCUUGCCAUGAGUUCUGGUGUUACCGCAAAGUUCAAGGACGUUGUCUUACAACCGUUCUCAUCACAUCCGAAACCAGUAUCCAAUGGGCGUGAUUGUGCUGCGGAUAAAUCAAGUGGUGAUGAUGACGACGAUGAUAACACUGUCCCAAUUGCCGUCGGAGCAGCUCUUGGUGGACUGGUUCUAAUUGUUUUAAUUGCAUACGUAAUUGGCAGACGUCGUUCUACGAGUGGUUACGAGCAAGUUUAAUUAUAUGAUAUAAAGUAGCAUUUAUCAUAGAUAUUUUCCAAAACAACUCAGUUUUGCAGCAAUUUGUAGUGUUUUAAAAGUGAAUGUAAAAACUGCACUAUAUUCUCUGUGCCUUAUUUUAUAGAUGAUUACUUAUUUUU